UUUUCUUCUUGAAAAAAAGUCCAAAAUAAAAUAUUAGAUCACAGUAAGUAAUAGUCCACGAGUGCAGUACGCACCCGCGUCAUUCCCUUCAGCGCAUUGUAGCAUCUGCAUUCAUCGUCUCGUUCCCAGUUUCUGCAACUCUAAUUUCGUUUCAACAAUUUCGAAAUUCUAGACAGAGGAAGAGAUAGGAUUAUGGGAAGCAACUUUCUAUCACCGCCAGCGAAACGCUCCAUCACCGGAUUACCCGACCCGAAUCCAUUUCCAAACGGAUCUUCCAAGCGCGCUAAACCUUCCAAACCUCCUCAACAACCACUCCCCAUACCUGCCGGACACGUCGCAUUCCGUCUCCUCUGCAAUUCCUCCCGCAUCGGCGGCGUCAUCGGAAAAUCCGGCACCGUAAUCAAGAAUCUCCAGUUGACCACCGGUGCUAAGAUCCGAAUCGAGGAUUCUCCCAAUGAGUCACCUGACCGAGUUAUCAUGGUCAUCGGAGCCAGUAAUAUCGACGGAAAAGUUAUGGUGAGAAGCCACAGCGGUGAUGGUGAGGCAAUUGAGGUGUCGAAAGCGCAGGAAGCGUUGCUUAGAGUGUUUGAUAGGAUUUUGGAAGUUGCGGCGGAGAUGGAAGGGAUUGAGCUUGGAGAUAGGACGGUGUCAUGCCGGCUUGUGGCAGAUUCGGCGCAGGCUGGGUCGGUGAUCGGGAAGGGAGGGAAGGUUGUGGAGAAGAUAAAAAAAGACACCGGAUGUAAAAUUUGGGUUUGUAAGGAUAAUUUGCCAGCUUGCAUUUCAUCUCCUGAUGAAGUGAUUGAGAUAGAAGGCAGUGUGUCAUCCGUAAAAAAGGCACUUGUUGCAGUCUCUCGCAAUCUUCAAGAUCGCCAUCAUGCUGAUAGAACAAAGAUGACGGGACAAAAUUCUCAUGAAGUGAUUCAUCAUGAAGCUUUAGUUGGAGUUCCUCGUGAGACUUUAAUGUCAGUUCCACGCGAGACUUUUAUUGGAGCUCCACGUGAGACUUUAACUGCAGUGCCAUGCGAGACAUUAACGGAUUUGCAUGUGGAUCAUCUUUUACAAAGGCGCUCUGCACUAUCUAUUCUACCUAGUAGCUCUAACAGCUAUGCCACUGGAGUUCAUUCAUUGUCAGCAGAAGUUAAUAGAGUCUCAUCCCUGGAACCAAAAGCGCAUCAGCAAGAAAUCACCUUCAAAAUUAUUUGUUCCAAUGAUAGAAUUGGAGGUGUUAUUGGAAAGGGCGGCAACAUAAUUAGAGCUCUUCAAAGUGAGACAGGGGCCACUGUAAGUGUUGGUCCUUCAGUAGCUGAAUGUGAGGAUCGAUUAAUUACUAUUACCGCCUCCGAGAGUCCCGAGUCAAGAUAUUCACCAGCACAAAAGGCUACUGUGCUUGUUUUCUCCAGGUCUGUUGAGGCUGGUAUUGAGAAAGGGAUAGAUUCUGGAUUAAAUACGGGGUCAUCUGUGACUGCACAACUUGUAGUCUCAUCUAACCAAGUCGGUUGUUUGUUAGGAAAAGGCGGAGUAAUAGUGUCAGAAAUGAGGAAGGCAACAGGGGCUAGCAUAAGAAUAGUUGGAACUGAUAAGGUUUCUAAAUGUGCAUCAGAUAAUGAUCAAGUUGUACAGAUUUCAGGAGAGUUUUCAAACGUGCAAGAUGCAUUAUAUAAUGCAACUGGUAGACUGCGAGAUAAUCUUUUUGGUGGCACACUGAAGAGUGCUGGAACAAGGAGCCUUUCCUCUGUACAAUCUGAUACCAGUCCCUAUGGAAGACUAAGAGAUGUUCCUCUGGGAAGCCAAUCCUCUUUACGAGCUGAUACCAAUGCAUUUGUAAGACUGAGAGAUGUUCCCCUUGUAGGCCAAUCCUCUUUACAAGCUGAUACGAGUCCCUAUGUAAGAUUGAGAGAUGUUUCUCUUGGAGGCCAAUCCUCUUUACAAUCUGAUACCAGUCCCUAUGGGAGACUGAGAGAUAUUCCACUUGGAGGCCAAUCCUCUUUACAAUCUGAUACCAGUCCCUAUGGGAAACUGAGAGAUAUUCCACUUGGAGGCCAAUCAGCUGUGGGAAUUUCUCAUAGUCUGAGUAGGCACACUUUUUCUCAAGGCAUUGACCAUUUUUCUCUUGGUAGAAAUUACGACCGUCCUUCUUCCCCAGGCUUAUGGACACCACCGAGAGUUACUGGGAUGAAUUCAGGAAGCAUUAAUGAAGCUAGUUGGGGAUCAACAUCUCGAAAAGGCGGCCUAGAACUUGUCAGUGGAAGUAAAUCUGCUAUUGUGACUAAUACAACUAUAGAAAUUGUGGUUCCUGAGGAUACUCUAUACCUUGUGUAUGGGGAAAAUGGUAGCAAUCUGGCUCGUCUGAGACAGAUUUCGGGUGCUAAGGUUGUUAUCCAUGAACCUCGUCCUGGAACAAGCGACAGGACUAUCGUCUUAUCUGGUUCACCUGAUGAAACCCAAGCUGCGCAGAGCCUUCUCCAAGCAUUUAUCCUUAAUGGUUCAUCAUGACAUAUCCCCUCACCGAUCUUUAAGUAGAUCAUAUGUAACUUUUUGACUGUAUUAUUUUAUCUUUUCCUUUUUUUGUCCCUGCCCAAAAUCAUGUAAAAUCUAGCCUUCCUGUAAUCUUGGUUUAAUUUAUGCAGCUGAUCUCUACUGAACUCUAGUGUAGACAUCAAUUGCUUGAUUCUUUUGCAUACCUCAAUAACAGAAAGUGUACCAGUAAGAUUUUGUGUGUUUUCUUAGCAUGUCAUGAAUCAGCUACUGGUCCUUCUUUAGUGUGGAUGAUUUAAAAGCAGUCCCCACGAAUAUUCGAUUUUAUUGUCCAUAAUGAGCAAAUGUGGAAUCCCUUGAAAUACUUUCAAUUAUAUGGUAAUCGGGCACAUUAUCUUGCAGCUGAAUGAA